GAGCCGAACCGCACUGGACGUGUUUAGGAGACGUUGCUGUUGACGGAGAGACAGGAACGUGAGCGGCCAUUGAGGGCGGCCAGGGUGCCGGUGAGCCCCCCAUCUGCUCGGUGUGCGGGCCGGGCUUCAAGGGCUGAUCUUCGAUGGAGGACAACAUGACGGGGCACAACAAGGAGAAGCGUUAUGAGUGCGACGUAUGUGGCAAGGCCUGGCAGAGCCCGAGCAAGCUGGAGGCCCACCGGCGGGUGCACACGGGCGAGAAGCCCUAUUGCUGCUCCACAUGUGACGAGAGCUUUACCCAGUUGUCGGGGCUGCGGGAGCACCAGCGGGUGCACAGCAGUGAGCGGCCCUUCACCUGCUCCGACUGCGGCAAAGGCUUCAAGUCGUCCAAGGAACUGAAGGUGCACAGGCGCGUGCACACCGGGGAACGCCCCUACACAUGCAGCGAAUGCGGCAAGGGCUUCACCCAGUCCAGCGGCCUGCUGGUGCACCAGCACACCCACACUGGCGAGCGCCCCUACACCUGCGCCCAGUGCGGUAAGGGCUUCACCCAGUCCAGCAACCUGCUGAAGCACCAGCGUACCCACACUGGCGAGCGCCCCUACAUCUGCGCCCAGUGCGGCAAGGGCUUCACCCGCUCUGGCUGCCUGCUGUUGCACCAGCGCACCCACACUGGCGAGCGCCCCUACACCUGUGCCCAGUGCGGCAAGGACUUCACCCAAUCCAGCAACCUGGUGCUGCAUCAGCGCACCCACACCGGCGAGCACCCCUUCACCUGCGCCCAGUGCGGCAAGGGCUUCACCCACCCCAGCAACUUGCUGAGGCACCAGCGAACCCACACCGGCGAGCGCCCCUACACCUGCGCCCAGUGUGGCAAGAGCUUCACCCAGUCUAGUCACCUGCUGGUGCACCAGCGCACCCACACCGGCGAGCGUCCCUUCACCUGCGCCCAGUGCGGAUCUCGCCACUUCCGUCUGGCAGAUUGA